UGUGGUUAUCAACAAUUUAAAGCAUCACUUAAUCCCAAUGCAAAUUGAUGCUGAACCCAAAAUUAUUAUGAUUUUACGAGUGGAUUAAUCAAAUUCUGUUGCAGUUUCAUUUCAAAUUUUAAACAGAUUUUAUUAUUACUUUCAAUUGCUAACAAUUUGAGUGCAUGUGGGAGAAAAAGCCCAAGUCAAUUCAAUACUGAAAUGAGCUAAAAAAGAUUGCUAAAAAUAGAGGUAAAAUGGCAAAUGAAUUGGGCGUCAUCAAAUUUGCAGUUCCUUUUGCUGCUCUACCUCCACUUUCAAGGAGUUUUGCUGCAUACAGAGCGCCUCGCAGGGCUGUUUUAGGCGCCGGAUUCUCGUUUUUGUCGCAGUUUAUCACCAUGGCUGCUCCCAAUUUUGGCGCCAAAUCCUUCAUCGCUUCCGCCAGGGUAAAGGGUGCCGUUGAGAAGGUAUUGGAGAAUAUGGAAUGGCCUGAGCAGUUUCCCUUUAAGGAAGAGGACUUCCAACGCUUUGAUGAGUCACCAGAUACACUGUUCUAUGAAUCUCCGCGUUUCGUGACUCAUAUUGAUGAUCCAGCCAUUGCUGCACUGACUAAAUAUUACUCAGAGGUCUUGCCACCGAGUAAUACUCGCGGAGUUGCUAUACUUGACAUGUGUAGCAGCUGGGUCAGUCAUUAUCCUAAGGGAUAUAAGCAACCAAGGAUAGUUGGAAUGGGCUUAAAUGAAGAAGAGCUAAAGCGAAAUCCAGUUUUGACGGAGUAUAUCGUGCAAGACUUAAACGUUGAUCCUAAACUUCCAUUUGAAGAUAAUACCUUCGACGUUAUUACAAAUGUGGUUAGUGUGGACUACCUAUCGAAGCCUCUUGAAAUUUUCAAGGAGAUGGCACGGAUCCUCAAACCAGGCGGACUUGCUAUAAUGAGCUUCUCCAAUCGCUGCUUCUUUACGAAGGCAAUCUCAAUCUGGACAUCGACAGGAGAUACAGAUCAUGUAAUAAUAGUCGGAGCCUAUUUCCAUUACGCUGGAGGGUUUGAGCCUCCUAAGGCUGUAGACAUAUCUCCAAACCCGGGUCGCACCGAUCCUAUGUAUGUUGUCUACUCGAAAAAGUUAGCAGCCUGAGUACGGAUCACAGUCCAAUCCUCGCAGUUACUGUUUUGAGAAUUAGGUCAUAAACUAAUUUUAUUUUAAUGUGGUUGAGACCCACAACACAACGGGACAUGCUGCGGAUACGGGCUGACACGCACCUCCUCCCGCACACGCGCGUGUCAACUAAUUACCCCUCUCAACGAAUUUGGCAUGCGAGGUGCAUCAGUCAUCGCCAUAUUUAUUAUAUGUGUAAUGAUUUAGGACUCAUUUUCUUUCUUUUUUUAUUUUAUUUUAUGUAACUUCUUUUUAUUUCGAUUGUAAAAUGUUAAUGAAUUUAAAUAUUGAAAUUUAAAUAAAUAAGGAUGAAAAAAUGAUGUAGCAUGUGAACAGUUAAA